ACUCACACAUACUCACUCCGCUCCCGCGGUCGCCUUCCUCUUAUCGGCGGGCCCCUCUCCCCACACACCCCCGUGAGCUCUACCUCCCUUUCCCUUCCGACCAUGGAAGGGAGUUCCUUUGAGGAGAUCACUGCGGUGCCGUCCACCUCCCAGGCUCGUCAGGAGCGCCUCACGAGACACAUCAACGUCCUGCGUCGUCUUCUCGCCUUGCUCUCUGACCCUGAUCGCACCCCACCCAUCAUCCCUMUUCGCCUAGGGACAUCUACGAGGGUGUACCGCGCUUUAUGGGACUCUGGCUCGCAGGGAGAUUUCGUUCACCCUCGAGUGGUUGAGGAAGCUCGCCUAGCUACCUCUGGGUCUCGCUCUCAUAUCUCCGUUACCCUCGGAGAUAACAAGACGCAGCGCUUCUUCGAUCAGACGGUUCCCGACCUCCACUUCUCCCUCACCCUCCAGCCACCGGAUAGUACCCAGGCGCCUCGGCGGUACCAUUCCUCCGCCUACUUCGACGUGCUGGAGACUGGGUACGUCUUUAUCCUUGGCACUCCCUGGUCUCGCCGGUUCCGUAGCACAGAGGCCGAAUGGGCGUUUGAGACACUCAUUCUCAAAAUGAAGUGUGGUCAAACCCAUCGAGUCCCCUUCAUUGGAACCACGGGCGACACCCCUCCAAACCUACCUCCCCAGGACCCUCGUUCUUCUGGGUCCCACCCAGACAUCUCCUUCACUUCUCCCCGUCAGUUUGCUCACUUCAUCCGACAGGAGGACGUCACGCUCUACUCAGUGAACGUCAUGGAUCUUCUUCGCUACGAUCCACUSUGUCCCGAGGUUGAGCUCAUCUCACUGGAGCCCGAUCCCCCUGACCCUUCCUCCAUCUUCGCGGCUCCCAUCUCUACAUCCACCCCGCAACCUGCGGAUACCCCCUCGACAUCCCAGGUUCCUACGCCGUCCACAGCUGAGUCCACCCAUACGUCUUGUGCUAACGCAAACGUUGAGGAACUCAUGCGGUUCACGACUGACUUAGAGCCCGUCAUUCACGACCUGAUUCGGGAGUACCGCGACGUCUUCCCCCCGUAUUUCUCAUACAGCGGGAUUCCCCCGAUGCGCGGUGUCGAGCAUUCUAUCCAGCUCGUGCCUGACUAUCGUGUUCACCAUCAGGCACCAUACCGACUCUUGAUUCCAGAGGCGACGGAACUCAAGCGUCAGCUUGAGGAGCUCCUUCGACUUGGUUUCAUUAAACCUAGUAACUCCCCUUGGGGUGCACCUGUUCUCUUUGCUCGCAAAGCGGAUGGAACUCUCCGCCUCUGCAUCGAUUAUAUGACGGGAAUUACGUCCAGAGGCUCGAAGGACCCGUCUAACCCGAGGGAUGGAUCAGGCUCUAAAGAUGGGACCGACCAGAAGGAAAAACCAGUACAGAAAGAAAAUCCGAAGGAUGGAGAGGGAUCCGGAAACAAUGAGGGAUCGGUGUCCGGUGAGGAGGGAAAGAAGGGGACGGAAGGGAAGGAUGGGUCGGAUCCCGCUGCGGGACUGGACCCAAAGUCGGUCACGAGUCAGCAAGUAUUGAAGGAUCAGGCGGAGCCCGUGAAUGAGGGGGAAGACGCGGGAAAAAAAGGAGUGAUGAGGGAGAAGGAGGCGGACCCUAAUCCUUUCCCUCCAGCCGCACGCAAACAAGACCCAAAGAAAGGUGGCUUGAAAGCGGUGGGGAAGAAUAAACGCGAAGAAACAACAGGUGAACAGACGGAGGUCACAAAGAGCCAGUAUGUGGAGAAGGAGAAGGACAUAGCGGAGAAGGGGGAGGUUGAGAUGGAACGAAGCAUUGAAGAGGAACCUACUCCCAAAGAGAAGGACCCCCAGAAUGAGAGAAUGGUAGAGGGACAAGGGGAAGGGCAGGAACGGCAGAACGAGGCCAAUGACCCGAAAGGAAAGGCUGACAUGUCAGAAGUAGCACGUGCGCAGUUGGGGUUGGUGGUGAAUUUGAUGGCUGACGUGGGGAGGAGAUUGCCUCUGCUGGUGCUCGUUGUCGUCGUCUUCCUACUUGUCGUCUUCCUCCACGUGUGUUUGUCGUGGCGCCCGUGGAAACAACAUCGCAAGAGGAGGGCAUCGACGAAACGGUCGGCAGGAGAGCGUACAAUGGCGGGCAUGCAGGGACGCGUGGGUGUUGGUGCAGAUGAGGGCGGAAGACGACCUGCGAUGGCGGAGCCUCGACGGCGCUACGACCCAUCCAUGUACGCCCAUUUGCAGUCGUGGGAGACGCCACUGCCCCUGUCGGACGAGGAGCCCGAGACGGAAGAACUACCGACGUUGCCUCUUGCCAGCGGCUGGACGCAUCUUUGGUCGCAGACGGUGCGAGCAGGCGGUUCGGGUUUCAACGAAGGCGGCGAGUACACGUCUUUGCCGCAGCAAGGCUUGGGAGACGAUGACGACGGAGGACUUGAUCUCAGGUUCGGCUUGUGUUCUGGCGGGUCCAAGGAGGCGAGCCGUACGUUGAUCAUCGACAUCGAUCGUUCGCCACGUGGGGUGGAACGGGGUGGGAGUCAGUUGCUCCGGCGUCUAGGCUCCACAGCACCAUUCGCCGAUCGAUCGACAAGUAACUGGCCUGCACACAACGGAGCCACAGUCGGGUCACCGUGCAUCGACUGUGCACGUCCUUCGAUGCCCGAACGCACAACACCGACCCAAUCCGACGUCAGGGACGCGGGUGCAUCCAGACUGCUGGUGCGUCCAGUACCCACUGUGGAGAACAUCACACGAGGUGUGUCGAACAUACGGGCACACAGUGAUGGCGACGACGAUGACUGUUUUGGCGGCGACGAUGCUGACGAGCGAUUGACGGAGGACGUGGACGCAGGGGACGACGACGAAGACAUUCCUGUUCGGCCGUUGGGGAAGACGGGUGGGAGGGGGAGACCACGCAGCAGGGGUGCUGUUCGUGGUCGAUCCGUUGACCGUGGCGACAGAGGCUGUGUCAGCGAAGAUGCCGGGAAGUCUGUGACGUACUGGUUUCCGGAGGAACAACUGCAACUAGUGAGAUGCAAGCGGGAGCAAGAGAUGCACCUCGCCGGGAUGGGCCACAACUACAGGCAGAUGCGGACGAAGGAGUGGAAGUGGGACGACAUUGCAAAGCGCAUGGUGAGCGCGGGGAAACCGAAAGACGCGGACGACUGCAUGAAGAAGUGGGACAAUCUGUUCCAAAACUACAAGAAGAUACAAAGGUUUCAGAACGCAAGCGCUUCCAGGCGAGGAGGUGGCGGUGGUGAGUCGGUUGGUAGUGAGGCUGGUGGUGAAGGCUUCCCCGAGGAACGUUCUUCUGCGCGGGAGUCCGAGAACAACGCAGGCAGCGGGGCUGRAGGCGKCAAGCRGAAGAAUGYACRUCAACAGGCGUUGGAGUCGAUCGCCGAUGUCAUGGAUCGACAUGGCGAGCUGAUGUCGUCGACGAUCGAAUCCUCCAGCAAGCGGCAAUGCAGCAUUUUCACGAGGCAAUGUGACAUACUGGAGCAGGAAGUAGCAGUCCAGAAAGAGCACUACGCGGCGUCCAAUAAAACGCAGAGGAUGAUGUGCCACGCGCUUAUGGAAAUCGUUGUGGCCAUCCGUGGUCGGACGACGAUUUUCCAGCGAAGUGGGAUGCUGCGUCGCGGGUGGUCCACCGCGAUCAGAUCACUUCAAAUCUGCGCACCCGAAGUCGCACGACUGUCGUCCCCAACUGCGCGAGGGACGGGCCGUGGGAAGAAGCGCGAAGGACUGCCUGACGACAACCAAGUGACUGGAAAAGCUCGGAGGCAUGUCCCGAAGGCGAAGAGGCUGCGGUCGGACGAUGCGUCAACAAGGGUCCCUCUUGGAGGAGCGCAAGGUUGGGCGGCAGAAGCGGGGGGCGACUACGACGACGACUUCGCGACUGACGAAGAUCAGGCACAUGCGACUGCGUCGGGAGUUCGGGAGAGUGGAGGGAAACGACAAUCUGAUCACAGCGCUUCGAAAAGGCUGAUGACCCCUCCACCCGAGAAGAAGCAAGUGCGCGCCCGCGACAGGCGGACUUACGACGCUGAAGUCGACGAGCUUGGUGACGACGAUAACGAGCCCUUGGAAAGACGCCGCCUGCGCAGUCGCACAGCUGCCACCCCGCCGCCGGCGGCUUCAGGCCACACUCUCGCUGGAGAAACGACAGUCAUGGGUAGGCUGCCCGCCACCACGGCUGCGCCACGUCCUCGCAACACGGCUGCUGAAGGAGGGUCCGUCCAACGAGGCGGCGGUGGGGUAGUCGCGGUGCACACGGGCGCAGUUGGGGUUGAGGUGGCAGGUGCGGCGGGCGCGGUUGCGGGUGUUUCAGGCAGUGCGCCCCCAGUUGCGGCGGCGAGAGAGGAGGGAGCAGUUGUGGCGAUGGCGAGGGACGACGAGCGUGGAGAGAAGAGGAGUGAUAGGGAGGGCGGCGAAGCUGGUUCGAACAGGCCGCGUAGGGGAGUCACGCGGAUAGCCAAGAUCGCCGACCCAUCGCAGCUGCAACAAGCGACCUCCCGUGCGUCAGCAGUGGAGAACAUCGCUCUCCGCGUAUUGCACGGCUGGGUUUUCAAGUCCGGGAACCGCCCGAGGGGUUACAAUCUUGCUUUCCAGUACGCGCUGGAGUCCGUGGUGACGGACAUAGCGCGAGCUAUGUGGUACGAUGAGGAGUGGUGCAACGUCGUCAGCCCUGCGGUUUGCGCACACACAAUAGAUCUCUCCAUGGACUUGCCGUUGUGGUUCGCGGGCGUGAAGGUCGAGAACAGACCGGACGGCGAUGACAUGGCGGCGUACCAGGAGUCCACCAUCAUCUGCGUCGUGGAUGCGUUCCGGGCGGCGGUGCAAAUGGGGGCGGUUAUCGACGGCGAGUUCAUCUCGCACGAUCGUCUUUGCCGGAUGGCUGACUGCUUUAGACUGUAAUUGGCGGCGUGCAUGUGGAUAAUGCGCAUGGCGGGAGACGAUCCGCGCAGCCACUUCGAA